AUGGGGGUAAAACUCCAGGCUGUUGUGAUGACCUUACUACUAGGGCUAAUACUCCUGGCCGACAGGGCUUUUGCCCUCCCGAGCGCUUGCGGGAAAUACUAUACCGUCAUGUCGGGAGACACUUGCGCCUCGAUUGCGGCCGCUUCCGGGAUUAGUGUCUCGGAAUUCCUGCGCAAUAACCCCAACGUCGUCCAGUGUGAUGUCCUCACGGCGGGCAACAGAUUCUGUGUUGAUCCAUCUUUAAGUCCCGACCCCCCACUCAAGACCAGCGCCGAUGGGCAGUGCGGAUCUCAGUCUGGGUACACCUGCACUGGGUCCAGCUUUGGAUCGUGCUGCUCGGAGCAUGGCUGGUGCGGAAGUACCGAAAACCAUUGCGGCCAAGGGUGUCAAGCAGCCUACGGCAACUGCGGCAGUGCAGGCUCCUCGUCGGCAUCCGGCCCGACCACGGUCCGUCCCAGCACCAGCACCACCGCCCGGGGCGCCUCUUCUCCUGUUCCAAUCACCUGCCCAACCCGCACCGUCAUCGAGACGCUUACACUAACCGCCACGCUCCUUUCAUGCACAAGGCCGCCCACAACCCUGCUGACGUGCGCGACCACAGUCACCAGUACGCGCACAGCUACCGCCUUUACAACAGCCACCUCAGCACUGCAAGUGACCGUGACCAGCACCGUGACAAGCUCCAGGACGGUGCUGUUCCGCACCACCACCACCGACCUCGAAUUCCCAACCCCCCUGGCGCCCUCGACCGUCACAGUCCCGGUUCCCGUAACGCAGACCCGAAUGCAGACGCAAACCGUGACUUUGACACGGACCAUCACGGCACCGGCCGCGGUGCCCACUACGGCGACCGUCACGCGCACCGUGACAUCGGUCUCGACCUUCACGCGCAUCAGCACAACCACAACCACGCCUGCGGUCACUCGGCUUGUCACGACCACCGUCUCCGUGAGCCGCGGCGGCGGCGGGGAUUGCGGCUGGUGGGGUGAAGACGACGACGACUGGAUCUUUGGUGAUGGUAAUGGGAGGACGGUCACCAUUACCAGGACCACGACCAGGACCCGGACUAGAGACGGAGGCGGGGAUGGCCGUGGUGGAGGUGGUGGGGGGCGGGGAUGGGGACCUGGAUCAGUCCCCAGUACCGUGGCAACUAGCACGGCGACGAUGACUGUUGUGUCAGGGGGGAGUGGUGGUGGGCUGGGUAUUGGACUUGGAGGCGGGGGACUGGGGAUCGGGAUUGGAAAGGAGCAGGAGGUGGUGGCGGUGGUUGUGGUGGUUUAUUACAUUGUUGAUGUGGAUGCGCCGCAGUAA